GACGUUGUGAUGGGUUCAGUUCAUGUUCUCGCGAUACAGAACGAGAGCUGCCCGUUUUAACUCGAGUCGGAAACCCCGUUGCACCCUCUUCCCUUCGCUGUCCACAAGCAAGAUGCCUGGUGUCACAGUGAAAGACGUCAACCAGCAGGAAUUCGUCACUGCCCUUGCUGCUUUCCUGAAAAAGUCAGGAAAGCUGAAGGUGCCUGACUGGAUUGACCUUGUGAAAUUGGGCAAGCACAAGGAACUGGCUCCCAGUGAUGAGAACUGGUUUUACAUCAGAGCAGCCUCCACUGUGCGCCACCUGUACCUCCGCAGUGGUGCUGGUGUUGGCUCCAUGAUCAAGAUCUAUGGUGGUCGCAAGAGGAAUGGCGUGUGCCCUUCCCACUACAGUGUUGGGUCAAAGAAUGUGGCACGUAAAGUGCUGCAGGCUCUGGAGCUCCUCAAGAUGAUUGAAAAGAAGCCCAAUGGUGGCCGCAGGAUAACUCCCCAAGGAGCCAGGGACCUUGACCGAAUUGCUGGCCAGGUUGCUGCAGCAAACAAGAAAACUGUUCAAUAAAUCUUUUUGGAGAAAGUGAAA